AUGGCUACAAUGACAUUGGUUGCUAACUUUGCCACGACUUUAGCCAUAGAGAUUGUUGCUGCUGAGGCUCCUGGAGUCCAGAUAGAUCAACCAGAAGUGCAUGCACCUACUGUGGCCAUUCACACUUCACCACCUGUUUUGCUUGAUCCUUAUCAACCGGUUGCCGCUUCCUCGUCUUGCCUACUUAGUCAAGGUCACAAGGAAGUGAUUCACAAGUUCAGAAGAGAUCUCAGUGGGAUUGGAAUUGAGUUGCCUACUAUGGAUAGCAUGAGUGAGGCAUUUGAUCAAAUGCAAAUGGUCAAGGAUGUUAUUGCCAACAGUGAUAAAGUUUCAGAGGUCCUACAAGAGUCUACUCAUCAGUUCAACCUGCUUACUUCACCCACCUUCCUACCAAAGGUCAAGGAUCAAGGGAAAUUCACUCUCCCUUGCACACUUGGGCAUCUUGAGAUUGACAAUGAAUUAGUGGAUUCUGGAGCAAGCAUCAAUCUGAUCUCUCUCUCCAUGGCAGAGAAGCUAGGCAUAGCUGGAGCCUUGCAGCGCCCUACUACUUCAAUCAUCUUUGGAGAUGCAACUACUAAAUCUCCUCUUGGAGUGUUCAAGAAUUAUCACUUGAAAAUUGGAGAAUGCAUCAUCCAAACUGAUCUCACUGUGAUGAAAAUGGAAGAAGAGAAGGAUUUGCCUCUGUUAUUGGGAACCUUUUCUUAUGCCAAUCUCAGUUCUAAGAGUCAUGGAGUUACAAAGGUUGUGAAGGAAAGGGUUGGCAAGGAACCAAGAGUUGGGAAGGAUAAGGAUGAGAGAGGACCAAGGAUUGAGAAGCCACGUCUUGAGAGGGCUAGAGUUGAGAAACCACUAUCUGAUAGGCCAAGAGCUGAGCGACUUGUUCAAGCCCCUUGUGUGCUUGAUGAAGAGAGCCUUCAAGCUUUGUUUGAUGAGCCACUAGGAAGGGCUCUACAAGAAGGGGAGGAUGCAGCCUCUAAGGAAAGACCAGGAGAUAAAAGAAAGGAUCCACCAGCUCAGGCCCCUUCAGUCAAGCCAUCUCAGCUCACAAUGACUUUGUUCCCCACCAAAACAGUCCAGGGACCCAACCAAGCUAAAGGAGCUUCUGUCUCAAGUCCUCACUAUCACCCUUGA